AUGGGUGAAAAAAAAGGCUUUUGACGUUGGACGCAUUUUCCAUUGUAAUGAGAGCUUUUUCUGCUGCAAAGGAGAGGAAAAAGGCUGUUGGUAUUUUUGAGUUAAUGAAGAAUCACAAAUAUAGAGUGGGUGUAGAGACCAUUAAUGCUCUGCUUGAUAGUCUUGGGAGGGCCAAGCUUGGGAAAGAAGCUCAGGCACUAUUUGGGAAGUUGGAAGGUAGGUAGGUUUACGCCAAAUUUGAGGAUAUAUACUGUAUUACUUAAUGGAUGGUGCAGGGUGAAGAAUUUAAUGGAGGCUGGGAGGAUUUGGAACGAGAUGCUUGGUGAGGGUUUUAAGCCUGAUAUUGUCACCCAUAAUAUUAUGCUUGAAGGGUUGUUAAGGAGUAAAAAGAGGUCUGGUGCAAUCAAGUUCUUUGAGGUCAUGAAAGCCAAGGAACCAUCACCUGAUGUUCGGAGCUAUACAAUUUUGAUCCUGGAUCUAUGCAAGCAAACUAGGAUGAAAGAGGCAGUUGGAUAUUUUUAUGAGAUGGUUGAUUCUGAUUGUCAUCCUGAUGCUGCAGUUUACACAUGUUUGAUGACAGGCUAUGGGAAUCAUAUGAGGAUGGACAUGGUUUAUGAAUUGUUGAAGGAGAUGAAAGAAAAGGGCUGUUCACCUGAUGGGAAAACUUAUAAUGCCCUUAUCAAGUUGAUGACCAGCCAGAGAAUGCCAGAUGAUGCGGUGAGGAUGUACAAGAAGAUGAUUCAAAAUGGAAUUGAACCUUCGAUCCACUAUCACAAUAUGAUCAUGAAAUCUUACUCUCAAAUAAGAAACUAUGAAAUGGAGAAGAAAAUAUGACAGACGUAGAGAAGAGAAUAGAGCAGCAGAAGAUGUUACAGGAUUUCUUCAUUAUGGAGGCUGAUUUGUUUUUGCAUCCAGCUAGUUUCCAUGUAUGGUGGGUUGCCAUUCU